AUGGUAGUGGCGCAAGAUGUUUGGGCCGGGAGUUUGAGGAGGUUGCAGAAAGCUAGAAUCAGGCAAAUGGACUUUACGCAGCUGGUGGUGGAGGUUUGGAGACCUCCCACAGGUUCGGUGUAUAAACUUAACUUCGAUGCGACAGUCUUUGAUGGUAAUAGAUCAUCCGAGGUGGGAGUUAUCGUGAGGAAUAGCUUGGGAGAAGUGAUGGCAGACCUAUCAGCUCAAGGUCCGGCAGUGGCAAACAGCGAAGAAGCAGAGGCGUUAGCGUGUCGGAAAGCGGUUGAGUUUGCCAUGGAUGCGGGGUUCAUGGACCUGGUGAUCAAAGGUGAUAAUGCAGUGGUGAUGAAGGCUAUUUCUUCUCCACAGUUGGACAGAUCACGGCUAGGACACAUAUAUGACGAUAUUCGCACGCUAGCUACUGGGUUUAGAAGCUGUACUAUUGGAUGUGUUAAGCGAAGUGCCAACUCCGUGGCUCAUAGCCUUGCACAUUUUGCUAGUCACUUAGAGGAUGAACUUGUGGGUAUGGUCCGUAUGGAACUUUUGGCAGAGGUAUUGGAAGUUGUCACAUGGUCCCAACUUGGAAUCCACGACAAGCCUAUAAAGCAACUUCAUGAUUCAAACUAA